AUGAGUGGCCAGGAAACAGAAAAGGCGCUGGGCUACAUUACCGCCUUGGACAAUGCGCGCAGCGAGGAUAAAUGGACUGAGGUCCCCGAGUUGAUACGAAAGGUCACGAAGCAUGCGCCUCAUAGGAAAUGUAGCCUCGAUUCCCAAUUACUCUCUACUCCUUUGGAUUUGAGCACUAACGAAAUUUCGUGUCCUCCAGGUCUGAUACAGACAGCCAAUGCGGAAAUCCAGGUCGUCGCACACAUCAACAACAAGAGGCCAUCCACCGCCAAGGGCCAGACCGCUCCCGUCCAGGUCUCGAAUCUGUCCGAAUUGAUACCCCCUCUCUUGUCGGCUAUCGAGGAGGCUGAAGGAACGCCACAAGAUGUGUUUCAGGCGCAAGUAUGCCUUGGAUGGAUCCAUUGGACAUUGUCAGAGCCUGGUCUGGCAUCUGCCCGUCUGCCAAAGAGCUUUGACGACGCGGCUAUCAGUGCUCUGUCCGAUGGCCCACAGGGCCUUACCAAAUGGACGGAGGUCUGCAUAGUCAAAGGCUGCUACAUCAAAAGCGCUGCUCAGGCCCUUGUCUCGGGACCGGAUGAUGCUCUGAACACUGCCUCGUCUGUAUUACAACGACUUGCAGCUCCCAGCCCGACAUUUCUAGCAUGCCCCCAGGCACUAUAUUGGUCGGAGAAACUAUUGUCAAAGACCGCCUUGACGGCGAGUGAACAGGCAUGUGAAGGAACUUCGGUCGCAACAGAGACAGCAACGGAAAUCGCUUUAAAGGCGUUCAGGCUGUGGUUUGCUCAUCCUCAAGUCAAGCGAAGAGAGCUCUCUCCUACAGUCCCGGCGUCGCAAUUGGCGGGUCCUUCUGAGCCAGCUUCGCAGACAUCAGUAUGGAUGUCGUAUUACAAAUUCCUUUCCACGAUUUUGCAGCGUGGAAUGGUUUAUUUCCCGCAGUCGCAGUCCCAAGGGUCCGUGCGGGCCCAGCUUGCUAACGAGAUCCGACGGAUUGAAGCCAUAUGUGAAAAUGUUCUGCUAAGGGAAGUGAGGUUUCCCAGAGCGAACGCGAGCAAUCCCCAGGUAGAAUCCUGGGUUGAGCAGGUAAUCCGUAAUUGGGAAGUGCUAUGCGGGCCAGACUGGCGAGAUGAGGAGCUUGGGGAAGGUGGACAGGAUGCUGUCGGGAGAAAUGUUCUGGAUAUCCUCUAUCGUGCUGCCACUAAGACAUAUCAUUCCCACCUCAUUCUGCGGCGUCUAUUCCAUGUGCACGCUGCUUUGGCGGACUUCGAGUUGGCCAUCAAAGCUCUUGAUUCCUACAUUGACAUUGUCGUCAGUGCAAAGGACAGGGCGGAGAAGUCAGCUGAAACCGGUGAACUAGAGAAUGACGAGACAUUGCUCCGAACAGUAUCGGAAGGAGUGCUCUUGCUUUGUUGCUUCGGCUCACAGAAGGAAGCGGAAAAAGCAAAGAGUCUCAUCGAAAUCCUUGAGAAGUACCUCGAAAAGCACAUUUCCCAAGAGUCCAAUACUUCCGAUGCCGAUGACAAGGCCCUGCAGGAUACGAAUUCGAGCAAUGUGGAUCGGGUCUCACCCAAGGUCAUUGCUAUGGCUUACAGAGCCAUUGGUAUCGGCCUUGCAAACUGGUCGAGAUGGACCCCGGUGAACGAGUCCCGCGAUGACAUCCGAGCGGAGGCUAUAGAAAACCUUGAGAAAAGUAUUUCUCCUGAACUGGGAGAAGAAACUAAUCUUUCGGCUCUGUAUGCGCUUGCACUCCUUCUUGCCGAAUCACGAGACCUGGACGGCUCUAUUGAACACGUGAAAUUGGCUCUCUCCACAAAUACUCAACGUAAUGCAACAGACCUCUCUUUCGAAUUAGAUCAGGAAAGACUUUCGAGAGAACGCGAUCUCGUACCUCUGUGGCACUUGCUGGCACUUCUCUUGAGUGCAAAGCAGGAAUUUGACAUUGCCGGGCGCUCCUGCGAAGCUGCAUUCGAGCAAUUUCCUGCUGCCAUCACUGCGUUUGACAACAACAGCAAGCGGUCCACCAGAUAUCGGCAAGACAGCAGCCAGAGAGGAAGACAUGACUCGGCAGAGGCAAGAAAGGAGUUCCUCGAGAGUCUGCGGGGUCGUGAAAAAGAGCGCAUCCUAGAGGCCCGCAUGACUCAGCUCGCGCUGAUUGAAGUUUUAGAGGGGCCGGAUGUGGCUGUGAAUCACAGUGAUCAGUUGCUCAGUCUGUUCGCUACCUUAUUCGAACACCUGGAUCUUGAUGUUACGACUGAGAAAUCCCCUAAGACUGACCGACUAGCUCCACCUAAGAGCUCUGCUGAGACUGUGAAAAGCUUUCGCGGCAGUAUCUUUGGUAGGAAGAAGGGGUCCCGGGCUCGUACAGGGAGCGAGGCCGGCACCGACGCAACAGAUGCCCCGACUAUUCAGGUGACAGACGAAGACCGGGGUGACGCCACUGGAAGGCCAACCUCGCAACAUCACGAAGCUCACAAAUUACACAAACGUGAAGGUAGUAUUCCCACCGCAAUUCAAGACCAGAGUCAGGAGUCUAAAACCAAAGCAACAGAUGGAGGCCGUGCUGAAUCAACGUCCCCUAAUGCAACGCCAACCAAGCCGCAGCAGGAGCAAGAUGCAGAAAAGAAUCAAUCAGCAGAAGAAAUCGGUGUCGCCCUGCCUGGCCCUCCGGCUCCACAAGUAUCUGCGACCCAAAAGCAAAGUGCCAAGCAACCGUUGCCGCCAGUCGCUCACAACAUGAAGCAUACUCGUCAACCUCAACCGGCCGGUCACUCAAAGCAACCUCCAGAACAGGACAUCCGUCUGCCCACGCCUCAUCGAUUCGAGUCUCCUACCCGGGCUCUCACGAGGUUUCCCACAGCACAUGCACAGAAACAUGCUCUCGCUGUCCUCGUGAAGGUGUGGCUUCUGAUUGCUGGAUUGUAUCGAAGAGCUGCUCUUUUCGAUGACGCGCGCGAGGCUUGUGAGGAAGCAUCCAAGCAAGUUGCGCGGUUCGAAGCGCUAGUAGCGGCUCAAGAGUCGUCCGCUCAGGCGUUUUCAGAACGGUCGUGGGGAGUAGGGAAGAGCUCUGAAGAGCUCUGGGGAGACGUGUUCGCCGAACGUGGAGCUCUCGCACAAGCCCAAUCCCUUCCAUAUGAAGCGAUGGAUCAUUUUGAAGAGGCUGUCAUGCGGUGUCCGGACCAUCCCAAAGCCACAGUCGGCCUAGCCAAUCUACUCCUCGACAUAUGGGAGGAGAAAAUCCCCGCAGAGCCACCGCAGCCGCAGCUUGAAGCCGACGUGUCGACUCUGUCAUUGUCGAGACCUGUAACGUGUACAGGGAUUUCUACUCUUGAAAAAUCAACAGCAGCCGCUCUGGCGGGAGCCGCGACCGGGAAAUCGAACGGGGCUGUAGAUGAGCCCACAUCCUCCUCUCAGAGAGGAGGAAAGGCCCCAGGAAGCCUGAGUCGCCUGGCGGCACGCGAUCGCGCAUACGGUCUUCUCUCCACCUUGACGAAACGCGGCAGUUCGUGGGACGACUCCGAGGCGUGGUUCGCGUUGGCCAGGGCCUACGAGGCGAGCGGUCAGCUCGAGAAGGCCAAGGAGGUCCUCUGGUGGUGUGUCGAACUCGAAGACCGAAAACCGAUCCGCCAUUGGUGGAAUCUGGGUGCUGGAGGCUAUGUCCUUUGA